UUCUCGGCUUCAGUUCAGUUUCGCGUAACUGGUCCGCUAUAUAAAUCGCAGCUUUGCAAUUUUCAUGUAUAAAAAUAGUGAACAAUAUAUUUCUAUAGUGUGCUACAGAAAAAAUUCUUGACAAGGAGUACUGAGUCACCUAUAAUAGUACCCGCUGUUACUUGCACCGUUUAGAAUAUCGAUCACGAAGUGUGACAACGAGUGAAAAGUAGUUUUGCUCCACGUGUGGAAAUCGCACUCUUUUCUGUUUGAUCCCUCAAGCGAGAAGAAAAUUACACUGCCAACUUUGAUUCGAUUGCAGUUCCCGCUGAUCAUACUUCGGCCGAAGAAAAUGAGCAAUUACACCACCCGUAGUUGAUCUGCGUUGUUCCAUAUUUGCGAGAAAGUUACGGAUCUGCGACAUUGAACAUCACUAUAGAAAAGAGAAAAAAAAAAACGGAGCGAUCAAUCGAAUCGGCAGCAGCUGCCUCAGCGAAAAAUCAGCAAGUGGGUGGUUGAACAUUGUGUGAGUUAUUCUUGUUUUGGAAACGGCCUACGCAUUAUUAGACGAGGGCUGACAGAGGAAAGCAGAUCGAAAAAAAAAAUGGCAAGCGAAUAAGGUUUUGUGUGGAAUGAGGUUCAAAUUUUAAGAACUAGAAGAUUGAGCUUUGUGAUUCCCCGUCGACCAUCGAUCAUCAAUAUCCUACUAGUUGGUAGUGCGCCACAAUCAUGAGUUCCACCGUCGUAACCCGCCGGGGUGCUCAAAAAUCCAAAGUGAAAACCCGUGCCCAGCAGGCAGCCGUCGAGGCGGAGGACGCGGAGCGAAAAUCCAAAUUCUACGGACGAAAACCGAUCAGUACCAGUAGCAGCACACUAGCGGAGGCGAAGAAACGAGGCAAACUGAAAAUGUCCUGCCAAGCGCAAGCAGCUGGUUCCGUCGGUACGGACGAACUGCCGGUGGUGGACCACAACGGUGUUCCGCUGAAAGACAUCUACAGCAAUGCGAUGGCUGCGGUUGAGUUGGUACGCGGUGCCACCGGAUUGGUGUACGAUGAAAAGUUUGCCGAACAUCGGUGCCUGUGGGAUCAGGGGUAUCCCGAGUGUCCGGAAAGGUUUACCCGGGUGCUGGAGCGGUGCCGUGAAUUGAAGCUGGUGGAACGCUGUCAGCUGAUUGAACCGAGGAUGGCAACCGAAGCGGAACUGCUGACUAAACAUACGGCGGAGCAGGUGGAGAUUCUGAAGGCGACCAAGGAGUGUCGGGAUACGGAUGCACUGGAGGAGCUCAGUUCGCAUUACGAUGCUAUUUACAUUCAUCCGUCCUCCUACGAUUGUUCGCUGCUGUCGGCUGGAAGUACCAUCGAACUGGUGGAUGCUAUCGUGAGUGGACGGGUGCAGAAUGGGAUGGCCAUUGUUCGCCCGCCCGGUCAUCAUGCAAUGAAGGCCGAAUACAAUGGGUACUGCUUUUUCAAUAAUGUGGCAAUUGCGGCCCAGCAUGCUCUGGACAGGCUGGGACUGAGGCGUGUGCUGGUAGUUGAUUGGGACGUUCAUCACGGUCAGGGUACUCAGCGGAUGUUUUACAAUGAUCCACGAGUGCUGUACUUCUCCAUCCAUCGGUACGAGUGUGGAUCUUUCUGGCCUAACCUACGAGAGUCAGAUUUUGAUUUCAUCGGCGAAGGACCCGGACUGGGGUAUAAUUUUAACGUACCCCUGAACCGAAUAGGAAUGACCAACGGAGACUAUUUGGCGAUUUGGCAGCAACUGUUGCUGCCGGUUGCGAUGGAGUUCAAUCCUGAAAUGGUUAUCGUAUCGGCCGGUUAUGAUUCUGCUCUGGGCGAUGAAAAGGGCCAAAUGGAAAUCACUCCGGCAUUCUAUCCGCACCUUCUAUCACCGCUGCUAACGCUAGCUCAGGGCCGAGUCGGCGUCGUCCUCGAAGGAGGCUACUGUCUAACCUCACUCGCCGAAGGAGGAGCCCUCACACUGCGAACACUGCUCGGAGAUCCUUGUCCAUUGUUGGUGGAAAAACUUCAGCCACCCUGCGAAAGCAUGCAGCAAACCAUCCUCAACUGUAUCCACUCCCACCGACCCUACUGGAAAAAUCUUCAACUGAACGACACCUACGGGCUGGAAGAAGUCAACAACAUCAACCCCCAGCCAAACUUCCAUCGGGUAACUCAACUGUACAUUCAACCACCCCCGCAACCCGAACCGAUCCGGUAUGCCACUCGUAACUGCUAUCCCCUGCAAAGCAACGAAGAAACCAGCCGGAUCGAAGCGCGAUUGGCAAUGCUACAGAUUGCCACCAAUUUGACCUUCCCGGUGACGCGCGUUUGCUACGUCUACGACGAACUGCUACUGGAGCAUCGUAAUCUGCACGAAGAUCUACACCCGGAACAACCGGAACGAAUCGCCAAAAUCUACUCCCGCCACGAGGAGUACAGUUUGCUGGCGAGAAUGAAGCGGCUUAAGCCACGACACGCCACCACCGAUGAGCUGUGUCUGGUUCACUCCCGGCAGCAUGUUAACCUAGUCCGGCGGACGGUCGAACGGGAGGAGAUGAAACAGGUUGCGGAUAAAUUUAACUCCGUUUAUUUUCAUCCGAAAACUUUCGAGUGUGCAACGCUGGCUGCCGGAUCGGUGCUACGCGUCGUGGACGAGGUGUUGAAUGGGCAGUCGCGGAGUGGAGUCUGUAUCGUUCGUCCACCGGGGCAUCAUGCGGAGUCCGAUAUGCCGCAUGGAUUCUGCAUUUUUAACAAUGUGGCGAUUGCCGCUCAGUAUGCCGUUCGGGAUCACGGAUUGAAGCGGGUGCUGAUUGUGGACUGGGAUGUACAUCAUGGCAAUGGGACGCAGCAUAUUUUCGAGGGGAACCCGAAGGUUUUGUACGUUUCGGUGCAUCGGUACGAUAAUGGGACGUUCUUCCCGAAGAGUAAGGAUGCGAACUUUGAUGUGGUGGGAAGCGGGAGCGGUGAGGGUUUCAACGUCAACGUUCCGUGGAAUAAGAAAGGAAUGGGCGACCAGGAGUACGCGGCAGUGUUCCAGCAGAUCAUUCUACCGAUUGCCUAUGAGUUCGAUCCGGAAUUGGUUUUGGUUUCGGCUGGAUUCGAUGCAGCGGUCGGUGAUCCGCUCGGUGGAUGCAAAGUGACCCCGGAGGGUUACGGCUAUUUUACCCACUGGCUGUCAUCGUUGGCUAACGGUCGAGUGAUCGUUUGUCUGGAGGGAGGCUACAAUGUGAAUACGAUAUCCUACGCAAUGACUUUGUGCACGAAAUCGCUACUCGGAGAUCCUUUGCCAAUGUUGCAAAUUAGUUCGCGAUAUAACGGCCCUAAUUCGGCCUGCGUUGAAACUAUCCGAAACGUGCUGACGGUACAGGAGAAAUUCUGGAAGUCGCUUCGGUUCAACAAGAAGCUUCCCAAUUUCCGCAGUUCCAGUGCGGAGCCGGAUUUGGAGGGAGCCUUCAACAGGUUGAACCUAUCUUCUACCGGUUCAUCAACUGCGGGGUAUUCCUCGACAAGCUCUACCCCUUCGAAAGAGCAGAGUACCGGACAGGAAGCUCCGUUCGAUGCGGAUGGUGGUCCGUCCGGAUCCAGCAGUGGAAGUACAAAUGCCAAUGAUGGACAACAACCCGGCGGUAGUAGUAGCUCUGGGAGCGCUGGCGGGUCCAGUGCUGGAGCUAAAAAAGAGACGCUCAGAGAUUUCCUGGCUGCCAAUUUGGAGGCUCUACAAAAUGAAGAAAUGUUUGCAGUAGUGCCGCUGAGAGACUGUCCCCAUCUGAAGGAGCUUAAUCCGGACAAUACCCCUGAAAGAAUAAGUACAAAAACUCCCUGCGACGGCUGCGAGACCCAGCUGGAGAACUGGGUCUGUCUGCUCUGUUUCCGGGUGCGCUGCGGUCGCUACAUCAACGAGCAUGCCGCGCUGCACAGCCUGGAAACGGAACACCCGCUAGCCCUAAGCUUCAGUGACCUCUCGGUUUGGUGCUAUCGGUGCGAGUCCUACAUCGACAAUCCGAUCCUAUACCCGUACAAGAAUCUCGUCCAUCAGGAUAAAUUCGAUGGGGAAUCACUGGUGUGGUCGUACGGUAGCGAUCUGCUUCUGGACGUGACGCCAGCGGGCCCGGGUGACGGUGGCAAAGCAAAAGAAUGAUAUUUGUUUAUGGCCAAGAUACUGAUACGGCUGUUGAUCCUCUAUCUAACCAACUACCUGGUAACUGCCUUCUUCAAAUAAGGGGUUUUGGCAACUAAUUUUUAACGCAAAUUUCUCGUUAUAUUUAUUUAUUGUUAACCUAUUCGCUGGGAUGGCGAGUAAUUUUGAGCACAAGUAUUAUAUUUUUAACUGACCGUUCGCUUUGUUUGCGGAAUGCGGAGCGAAGAAUACCCUAACAAUUUUUAACGCAGAGGUCUCGGUUGUUUCCAAAAAUAAUAUUUUUUUACAUGUUUAGAAUAGUUUUUUUUUUCUAGUUUAGAAAUUGCGACAUGGAUUUUUUUUACGAUUCUAACCAAAGAUACAAUUAUAACAGCAAAAAAACUGAAGCAAACAGAGACAUUUACCUACCUAAAACUAUCAUUACCUAUUCAGCGGUAGCUGAAAAUUGAUUCACUUCAUCGGAUUGUUGUUUGGAAUAAUGAAACCUCACGUUGCAGACCUCAGUAUAAAAAGAAAAUCGAAGGUGAAAAUUUUGAGUGACUAGGAUCUUUUAUUCAUUACUAAAAUAUGUAUUGGCAACAAUGAUACGCGAAUGGAAACGAAGCAGAAAAUUGGACACGCCGGAAUUUCAGAACCACCUAGUAGCAAUAAUAGUGAGAGAGCUGGCAUAUAAUAGAACAUUGUUACAAUAAAAAGAGUAACCACAAAAAAAAAUUAACUGUAGUUACUAUAGUUAAGUAAA